AGCGCGCUUGGAAUCCAGCAGGCGGUUGCUGCCAAGUCUUCCACAACCUCCGCGGUCUGGAGCUGGCCUCCCCCGCCGCCGCCCCAACCGCUGCCCCCGCCGCCAUCACCACCACCAUCACCUCCGCGGCUGCCUCCUUGGGGCCCUCCUCCUUCACCGCCCCUUUAGCCACCUCUACACAUUCUAGGCUUUCUGUCCUGGAGAAGAAGCUAUAAUCGGUCUCCCUGUGGGCCCGGUGCGCAGCCAUGGCGGAUGGCGGCGGCUGCAGCGACGGUGCGGGCCAGGCCUCGGCGGGGGCAGCCACGGGCGCAACCCGGGCCAGCGGGGGCGGCGGCCCCAUCGACCCGGCCUCAUUGCCCCCUGGCGACCCUCGGCUCAUCGCUUUCAUCGUGGGGCAGCUCAAGAGCCGGGGCCUUUUUGACAGCUUCCGCCGGGACUGCAAGGCUGAUGUGGACACCAAGCCAGCUUACCAAAACCUGAGCCAGAAAGCGGAUAAUUUUGUGUCGACACAUCUGGAUAAGCAGGAAUGGAAUCCUCCAACGAACGAAAACCAACUGCGCGAUGGUCUGAGGCGGAGUGUGGUUCAGUCAGGGAGGUCAGAAGCUGGAGUGGACAGGAUUAUUUCUCAGGUGGUGGAUCCAAAACUAAACCACAUCUUCAGGCCACAGAUAGAACAAGUAAUUCAUGAAUUCCUGGUGGCCCAGAAAGAAGCAGCUGUGCCAGCACUCCCUCCAGAGCCGGAAGGCCAGGACCCUCCAGCUGCGUCUCAGGACACUUCCUAAGAAUAUGCCUGACAGCUUUUGAAAGCGCUAUUUAAUUUUUGGUGAAGAAAUGGAUUCGGUUACAUAAGAGUGCAGUUUCAGACUGAAGAUAGGCCAAGUUCAUCACUGAGCUCAAGAUUUCCACCUCGACCAUGAGCAGUGACCAGAUUGAAAGGGAAGCAAGUUCGGCAGAGAGAAAGUUGACCGCCUUGCCCCCUGCAUUGCGCUGCCAUUUGGCCAGCCUUUCCAAGGGCAUGACACCAAGCACACACUACAGAGAGGGAAACACUACCGCCACCCAGGAUUGUCCUGAAACAGACAUCUAUACUUGAACAUGGAGACUGCACAAGGAUUUUAGAGUUUGUGCUCUGGGAUAAACGAAAGCUACAGCGACAGAACAUAACUAAUCCCAAAGACAAUUUCAACGAACAAUGACAGUAAAGGUUAACUGGGAGGAGUAUUUGACAGUACUUAUUUGAUAUUGUCUCUCAGAGUUGCAAACUAGAUUGUAUACAACAUUAGUGUCAGAUAGCUUUAAAUUUGUGACCAUGAAUCUUCUAGCCAGUUUCCUUUCCUUUGUAAGAGACAACAAAACAUGAAACCCUGGAAUAAGUGAGAAGUUCAGACAUUAGGUAUAAGGAAACUCAUUUGCAGACUCUCUGUCCAAGGGAGACAGAGCUUCCUGUCUUGCAGGGGCUAGUGAGUCUUGGGUGUGUUUAUGUUAUUCUCACAUUUGUGUUGUAUUAGAAAAGUGGAUGGUCAAUAAAUGGCUUAUCUUUCAACAGCAA